AUCAAAACUUUGAAUGCUAAUUCCAUCUUUCCUGCAACAACUUCUUCAUCUUCUUUCCUCUCGCAAUGUCUCUCAAUAUCUUUAUCCUAUGGCUUGUUAGUAUCCCUCUGAUUAAAAUCCAUGCUGGUCCAGCCCCAAGAGGUUUUCUUCUCAAUUGUGGCGCAUCAGAGACUACCAAAGUAGGUAACCUAGAUUGGAUAACAGAUGAAGGUUUCAUUCAAGUUGGAAACAAAACAACUCUGGACAAUCCUGAUUUGGCACCCAUUUUAGCUACUUUGAGGUUUUUUCCUGAUACGACUGCAAAAAAAUAUUGUUUUGUCAUCCCGACGAUCAAAGGAGGGAAAUAUUUGAUAAGAACGACGUAUUAUUACGGAGGUUACGAUGGAGGUAAAGAGCCACCCGUGUUCGAUCAAAUCAUUGAAGGAAGUAAAUGGAGUACGGUUAAUACAACCGAAGAUUAUGCAAUGGGUCUUAGCUCUUAUUACGAAAUCAUUGCAGCUUCAUUGGGUAAGACGUUAAGCAUUUGUCUUGCCAGAAAUGAACAUACUACCUCGAACCCUUUCAUAUCUGCUCUUGAAUUAGAGUACUUGGAGAAUUCAAUGUACAACUCGACCGAUUUCAACAAUCAUGGCCUCAUUACUGUCGCUCGCCAUUCCUUUGGAUACGAUGGUGACCUCAUUAGUUUUCCAGAUGAUCAAUUCAAUCGAAACUGGCAACCAUUUGAAGACGCGAAUCCUGUGGUUGAAAGCCAUUCUAAUAUAACUUCAACAGAUUUUUGGAACCUUCCGCCAUCAGCUGUGUUCACCACUGGUUUGACAACCAGCAGAGGCAAGGAGCUGAAUAUACAAUGGCCAAAUGUGUCCCUGCCAAGUGCCAACUAUUACAUUGCACUGUACUUUCAAGAUAACCGCACACCGAGUUGGUACAGUUGGAGAGUGUUCAAUGUUUCAGUGAAUGGGCAAAACUUUUAUACCAAUCUGAAUGUCACAGCCACUGGAGUGACUGUUUAUGCAACAUCGUGGGCUCUUUCGGGGCUAACACAGAUCACCUUGGCACCUUCGAAUGAUAGUAUGGUAGGACCUGUUAUUAGUGCAGGGGAAGUCUUUCAGAUAAUUCAUUUAGGAGGAAGAACACUCGCCAGAGAUACGUCCGCAAUGGAAGAUAUUGCAAGAAGUUUCAAUAACCCACCUCCUGACUGGAAGGGCGAUCCAUGCUUACCUCCGGAGCACGCAUGGACAGGGGUUACUUGUUCCACUGACAAAGUCGUCCGAGUCUCUAACAUAAAUCUCACUAACUUUGGACUGGUGGGAACAUUGUCCCCCAGCAUUGCCAACUUAACUGCCCUCAAGACCUUAAGCCUCGGUGGAAACAAACUCUCUGGUUCUAUUCCAGACAUGGGUUCUUUGAAAGAAUUGGGUUCCCUGCAUUUGGACAACAACGCACUUGAGGGAUCGAUUCCUCAAUCACUUGGAAAACUGCCGAAGCUCCAAGAGAUAUUCCUCCAGAACAAUAACCUCAAGGGUAGUAUUCCAGAUGCUAUCAAACAGAAAACUGGGGUUAAUAUUCAAGUCACUCCUGGAAAUCAUCUUACCAACUCUGCAUGAUAAAAGCAUGAGACGGGAGUGCGUUCCGUAGAGAUAUAAGGGGACAAUGAGAGCUCUGUUCCAUACUGAACUUCAAAACUGUGGCACACUAAAAUAUGGGAAUCAAGUCAUACUACAACUAAGAGAAUGUUGUUGGCCAAAGAAGAAAGAGGAGAGACGUGAAGAUGAAAUUGAAGUAGUUGAGUGGACCAUUGAAGAUCAUGCUUCAUAUAUGUAAAUCUUGCUAACAGGAUUUCUAUAUUGAUUUAUGAUGGUUCACAAGGUACAAUGUGUUUACCCUAGAACUCAUGUAUUAUAUUACUUAUAAUAGUGGUUCAUAUGUAAGCCUUUGUAAGGAACAUAUAAAUAUCGGAUCUACCCUAUAACACGAUGGCAAAUUGUACAAGGAAGCAUGAUACAAAUUGAUGGAUAUCAUGGGAAAAGUCAAACUAAUGUAAAUGUUAGCAGUGUCA